AUGAUGUCAUUGGCCUGCGAAACUUCGCACAGCCAAACGUCGUUGGCAGUGGGAAUGUCUCGUCAGUCGUCUCCCCGCGGUUCUCCCUCGUACCUAAAGCUACAGCAGAUUCUGUCCCAGCACAAACACUUUCACAUAGACCUGGGAGGAACUCAUCAGGGUCUAUUUGAUGUGGUGGCACAAAAUAUGGGCGCUGCUUUGCAAGGGUAUGGUUUGAAUCAGGUACUGGUAGACAAUGCAGAAUCUGAUGAUUUCAAGAGGCAAGAAGGAAUGAUCAGAGUGGAAGCUCUGUUCUCACCACACCGCAAAACCAGAGGGGACAUGACUGAACCUCUCUAUUUGCAUCAACCAAACAUGGCGGUCAUCAUAUUGCAAACGGAACAAAUAUGCUGUACGCCCUAUGGAAAAAGCGUCUUACCCUAUUUGCAACUCUGUCAUGCUUCACCUAACUGUAUACUAUGGGAGUAUGCACCCACAAACCUACAAUGGCUUCAGCAACAGGGAAUAGCCGACUCCACUGUGCUACUUCCUAUUCUGCAUCAGCAUAGAUUGAAUACUUACUACGCCUCCGCCUCCACCUCCACUACCGGUACCGGUACCGGUACCGGUACCGGCAUGUUACCCUUACACCAAAGACCCAUUGAUGUCGUCUUUUUUGGAGUCAUGACACCCAGACGAAAACAAUUACAGGCACAACUCAACCAGAUUGCGCAACAGCAGGAAUGGAACUUGGUACUGCAAGAAGUCGAGAAUUCGGGCAGUAGAUUGGACUACAUGGCCAAUGCAUACCAAAAUGCAAAGGUCUGCCUCAUCAUUCAUUCAUUCUUUGCUGACAAAAAUCCAGGAGAAUACCAUCGAUUGGCAGAACUAGCUCCUUCGGGAUGUGUUCCUGUCGUAGAAACCUUUGGGGACGUUUUAUUUUGGGAAAAUAAUAAGGAUCAAGACAACAGCAACAAAACUAACGUCAUGGAAGACUAUUAUGGUCACUGUGGUGGAGUCAUAUUUGCAACUUUGCACGAACUGGUUCCAUCGAUUCAAGCUGUCCUGUUCAGUAUCCGCCAUGACAGCAGCAACCACAAGAAUAGUCGCUUGCGAGAAGUUUUGGGGGACUCCAUGCCAGAUCUAGCCUCCAAGGUGGAAAACUUGCCUCCAAUGCAAGAUCGUUUGAAUUGGUGGAAUCAGCCGGUUCAAUGGGACCGCAUUCUCUCUAUCAUUCUGCUGGAUGACCACGACAACCAUCUUGAUGGUGACAGAACUGGUGAGCUUUGA